AUGGCGAAGUUCCGGCUGCUUCUACUCCUGCUGCUGGCCCUGCCACCACAGGCCUCCUCAAUGCCGUGGCCAGACACUGCACAGGGCACCAUGGCAAGCCUAAUCCUGACUGCGCUAGAGAAAGCCACCUUGUUCCUGGAAGACAGGCUGCCCACAAUCAACCUAGACGGCGCAGUGGGGUUCCAAGUGCUGGAAGUGCAACUCCGAGGAGUCCAGGAACAAUGGGCUCCCAACCCUUUGCUGCAGCCUCUUGGCUCGCGCGCUGGACGGCUGGCCAACACGCUAUCUGCUCUCCUCCAAAGAUCCAUCUUCUACCUUGAGCAGAGUGACCCCACAUACCUAAGAGAGUUCCAGCCAAGCAUUCAGCCUGGGUUUUGGAAGUUGCCCCAGGCCUGGACACGCACCAAUGCCUCCCUGGUCUACCGCUGGCUGGAGCCCCUGGACUCAUACUCAGAGGAAAGAAGUGAUGUGUGCCUCGUGCAACUGCUAGGAACGGGGACAGACAGCAGCCAGCCUUGCAGGCUUUCCGACUUCUGCAGAACCCUUAUGACCAAGGCCAGCUGCUCAGGCUACAGCCUGUCCCACCAGCUGCUCUUCUUCCUCUGGGCCAGAAUGCAAGGGUGCACAGAGGGACUGUUCCACCAGAGCCAGCACUACAUGGACAUUUUCUGUGCCAAUAUGAUGGACCUGAACCGGAGAGCUGAAGCCAUCGGCUACACCUACCCCAUCCAAGACCUCUUCAUGGAAAACAUUAUGUUCUGUGGCAUGGCCGGCUUCUCCGACUUCUACAAGCUGCGUUGGCUGGAAGCCAUCCUCAGCUGGCAGAACCCCGAGGUUGGGUGCUUUGGGAAGCCUGCCCCAAAGGGUAAAUUUCCGGAAGUUCCACAUCAGCAAGGCGUUCUGAGAAGAGUGAGAAGACGGGAAAAACUGUUCACAGAUGGCUGCUCUUGCCACAACACAGCCACCGCAGUCGCAGCCUUGGGUGGCUUUCUCUACAUCCUGGCAGAAUACCACCCAGACGACGGAGAGCCACAUCCACCCACACAGCCACCAGCAAGCAACUACCAAGACGGUGCUGCCAUGCCUGGUGUCUAG